AUGUCCAUCCUGAAUCCUUUGCAUCUGCUAUUCGUUUGCAUUCUCCUUGUACUACCUUUCCGCCUAUGCGCUGAAGAUGUGUCGAUUCCCAUAUUGCAGCAGAAUGGUACUCUACUGCAAGACCUAGUCACGUGGGAUCAGCAUUCAAUUUCAAUUCGAGGCGAACGCCUUCUCCUCCUGUCCGCUGAAUUCCAUCCAUUCAGACUUCCUUCUCCUGGCCUUUGGUUGGACAUCUUUCAAAAGGUGAAAGCGAUUGGAUACAAUACGGUGUCGUUCUAUGUGGACUGGGCACUGAUCGAGGGCCGACCCGGUGAUCCUCGGCUAGAGGGAAUCUUCGACCUUGAUUCAUUCUUCGCCGCAGCUUCUGAGGCGGGAAUCUACCUCAUCGCUCGACCAGGUCCAUACAUCAAUUCUGAGCUGUCUGGAGGCGGCUUACCAGGAUGGCUGCAAAGGAUCAAGGCAGAGGUCAGGUCAACUUCCCCGGAGUAUCUCAACGCGACCGAGGCAUACAUGGCAGCGGUAGGCGCCAAAAUUGCCCGCGCUCAGAUCACGAACGGUGGCCCGAUCAUUCUCUUCCAGCCUGAGAACGAAUACAGCCUUGCUGUUGGUGCCCCAAGCUACAUCGACUCGGUGAAGCUGCUUGAACCAACCUACAUGGAAUACGUUGAGCAACAGGCUCGCCGCAACGGAAUUGUGGUUCCACUGGUGUCGAACGACAUGGUGCCUUUGGGCAACUGGGCGCCUGGCACCGGCAUAGGAGAGGCGGAUAUCUACGCUCAUGAUUCAUACCCAUUCUAUGACGGAUGCGGGAAUCCUACUAAUUGGUCUAAUCCAACUAAGUUGGUUAGCCUGGACUACACUUAUCAAAACCACCUCCAACAAAGCCCAACCACGCCGUACUCUGUUUUGGAGUUUCAAGGUGGCGCCCCAGAUCCUUGGGGCGGAGUUGGCCUUGAGAAAUGUGCGGCAUUGAUUGGGCCCGAAUUUCAGCGGGUUUUCCAGAAAGAGCUCUUCGGGCGUUCUAUCAAGCUGCUUAAUAUCUACAUGACAUACGGCGGAACGAAUUGGGGCAACAUGGGCCACCCUGAAGGCUACACAUCUUACGACUACGGUGCUAUGAUUGCUGAGGACCGCAGUCUCCGUAGGGAGAAGUACAGCGAGGCCAAGCUGCAAGCCCAAUUUCUCCAGGCCUCACCGGCAUACUUGACAGCCAUACCAGAGAACAAAACCCAUGCCUAUGUCAAUACCGAUGAGUUACUGGUGACGCCAGUUGGAAACAAACCGACACGUUUCUACCUUGUUCGACAUACGGACUGGACAUCAUGGGACGCUACUCCGUACCGUCUUACUGUACCUACGAGCAUUGGAAACCUCACCAUUCCGCAGCUCGGCGGAAACCUCACUCUGAACGGCCGGGACUCGAAGAUUCAUGUCACUGACUACGAUAUCGGUGGAAUCAAUUUGAUCUACUCGUCUGCGGAAAUAUUCACAUGGAAGAAGUACGGAGAGCGGAGAGUACUGCUGUUGUAUGGGGGAGAGAAUGAGUUGCAUGAAUUCGCUCUCCCUACCACAGCCGGAAAUUACAGCAGCGAUGGAGAUGGUGUCACAGUCCAGCAGAAAGGAUCUAUGACUGUUGUCCGAUGGCAAGUGGAGCGGAACCGUCGCAUCGUCAAAUUUGCCAAUGGUUUGGAAGUUUACCUUCUCUGGCGCAACGAUGCCUACAACUAUUGGAUUCUGGAGCUUCCUGCACCGCUACCCAUUGGCAACUACUCCUCGACGAAAAAGACCUCUGUGAUUGCUAAAGCUGGUUACCUCCUCCGAAGCGCUCACGUUUCAAAAGGUUCGCUACAUUUGACAGGCGACAUCAACUCCACCACGGACCUUGAGAUCAUUUCAGGUGUUGAUCCAAAUUGCUCUUUGAUCACGUUUAACGGUCAGCCCGCUUCCAACUUCAGUCUAGAGGGAGGUAGAUUACACACGACAAUCAAGUACCGGGAGCCAGAUUUCAGCCUUCCUGACCUGCGCUCGCUUGACUGGAAGUACAUCGACUCCUUACCUGAGAUUACUUCAACCUACGACGACGCCGAGUGGGCCAAGUGCUCACUCUCAGAGAGCAACAACCCGCGAAACCUGACGACUCCUACUUCUCUAUAUGCUGGCGACUACGGAUUUCACGCAGGGUCUCUGAUCUACCGAGGCCACUUCGUCGCCUCUGGCAUUGAAAGCCAAUUUAACCUCACAACUCAAGGUGGCGCCGCGUAUGGCCAUUCUCUGUGGAUCAACGACACGUUCCUCGGCUCCUUCGCCGGCGAUGGGCAUUCAGCCAACCAUUCGCAAUCCUUCAAUUUUCCCACCCUGGAACCUGGGAAGCUGUACAUCUUCACACUGGUAAUGGACCACAUGGGCUUGAACAUGAACUCGUUCAUCCACUCCGACAGUAUGAAAGAGCCACGCGGAAUCCUCCACUUCUCUCUAUCCAAUCGACCGCAGUCAGACAUCGCAUGGAGCAUCACCGGGAACCUUGGUGGGGAAAAUUACAUUGACACCGUCCGCGGCCCUCUUAACGAAGGAGCUAUGUACGCCGAGCGCCAAGGAUACCAUCAACCCGGACCCCCUUCAGCAUCGUGGCCGGCUGGGUCUCCAUUCGAGGGAAUACCGGAGGCCGGUAUUGGCUUCUUCACUGCAACGUUUGGCCUUGACCUGCCUUCUAGCGAUUACGAUAUACCUCUGAGCAUUGUGCUCUCAAAUGCCACGACGGAGGAUGGCACGCCGGCAAAGUUCAGGUGCCAGAUAUUUGUCAACGGAUAUCAGUUUGGAAAAUAUAUCAACAAUGUUGGGCCUCAGACUUCUUUUCCCGUUCCGGAAGGUGUGCUCAACUACAAUGGCCAGAAUACCCUGGCUUUGACCUUAUGGGCUCUAGAAGAUGUCGUCGCAAAGCUGGAUGGAAUUCGAAUUGUGGCUACGGAAGUGGUCCAAUCGGGAUACAGCGCCCCAUGCAGCGUGAUGCAACCAAGAUGGGAGAAACGAGAUGGAGCAUAUUAG